AUGGUGGAGUCUUCAGUUUUAUUUUAAUAGUCUCUAGAUCAAGUCAAUAUAAUUAUUUAGAAGUCUGAGGCUGAUUAAAUAACUAUCAAAGUACUGAUUGGAACAUCUAAAAUAAACUAAGAGGAUAAGAGAGCAUAAGAUUAGCUUGACUGUCCAAUAUGCUUAUAGAUCGUAUACAAUCCAGUUGAAUGCUCUAAUUGUCAAAAAUGCUUUUGUGAAGACUGCGUCAACUCUUGGCUUUAAAGAGAUAGGUACGAUAGUUGCCCACUUUGUAAAUAAAAACUAGUACCAAAAUAAAUUCACAGAUUCGUUAGGUAAUUUAUUGAAGAUACUUUAUUUGAAGGAUGCAAGAAUGAAUUAUGUGAAUAAUAAGGUAGGAAAAUUAAAUAUUCUGAUCUUUUAAAACAUUACCAAUAUCAAUGUGAAGAAGUGAAAGUUUCAUGUCCUCUUUAAUGUGGUUCUUAAUACCUAAGAAAAUAAAAAAAAUUACACAUUGAUUAAUGCACUAAAAUCAAUUAUCAAUGUAGAUAGUGUGGCUGCAAUAAAUCAAUCUUAGAGGAGAAACAAGUUCCUCAUAAUUGCAUUGAAUAUCUUUAGUAAUAGGAGAGUAAAUUUAAACAAAAAGUAGAAGAGAAAGAUAAGCAUGCUAUCUAAGUUAAAGCACCGCAGAAUAAUGGUGAUUCUGGCCUUCCAUAAUAGUCAGACUAAUUUUGGACAAAGCUGCAUAAAUAUCCUUUAGAAAAAAUGACAUAUUAACAAAUGAGAAAACUUCCCGGUCAUGAAGGCUAUCAAAUAUCUUGGUUUUGUGAUGCUAAAAAUUUUCUAGGUUGUAAAGGUGGCUAAGAUUUAAUGUUUAAUUUCUGCGGAGAUCCACAAACUUUGACCUACCAUUGUGACAUAUGUAAUUUUGAUUUCUGUUAAGUUUGCUAUGAUUUCUAUGGUAAUGCUCACAAACAUGAUCUUAUCUGUACAACUUGGCAGUAGUUGAUGUAAACAAAUGAAGGUUAUAAAGUUGGAUGGAGAUGUGAUGCAACAGGGUAUUUUGGAUGUCAAGACCAAGAAAGUAUUCGAACUAAUCAUGAAGAAGUUCUUUAUCAUGAUUCAAUAGCAUUCUUUGAUUUGUGUGAGGAUUGUUUAAGAAAAUAUUAGGUUGAUGAUGAUUCAAAUGAUUUUGACUGA